CCAAAAUACGUCAACUCAACGUGUUCCCGGUUUCUUACUUUUUCUGCAAUUUCUACCGCUAUUUUUGUAUAAUAAAGUGUUAGAAAUCCUCAAAAGUACGGUUUCCGCAGUAGAUCCAGUGUAUAUCUAGCGAAUAAAAUGCCUCCAAAAAAAGUUGCCCUUCCGGAAGUCAAGCCGCUCAUCGGGCGCAUUGGAACAAAUUUACAAAUUGGAAUCGUUGGAGUCCCGAACGUUGGCAAAAGUACAUUUUUCAACGUUUUGACGAAGCAAUCGGCUCCCGCGGAAAACUUUCCUUUCUGCACAAUCGAUCCCAAUUCCGCCAGAGUUGCUGUUCCUGAUGCCCGUUACGACUAUUUGGUCCAAUAUUUCAAGCCAGCAAGCAAAGUUCCUGCUUACUUGAACGUCGUCGAUAUCGCUGGUCUCGUGAAGGGAGCUGCCGAAGGUCAGGGACUCGGAAAUGCCUUUUUGUCUCACAUCAGCGCUUGCGACGGCAUUUUCCACUUGUGUCGUGCCUUCGACGAUGCCGACGUCAUUCACGUCGAUGGCGAAGUGAAUCCCGUACGUGACUUGGACACGAUUUCGGAAGAGCUCCGUUUGAAGGACGAGGAAAUGCUCAUGAAAAAUUUCGAAAAAGUCGAGAAGCAAGUUGGCAGAGACAAGAAAUUGAAACCGGAAUAUGACUCUUUAUUAAAAAUUAAACAUCAUUUAGUCGAGGAGAAGAAGCACAUCCGCUUCGGAGAUUGGAAUGCUCAUGACAUUGAAAUCCUGAACAAGUAUUUGUUCCUCACAGCAAAGCCAGUUAUUUAUCUCGUCAACUUAUCGGAGAACGACUUUAAGCGCAAAAAGAACAAGUGGCUCGUCAAGAUCAAGGAAUGGGUUGAUGCGAACGAUCCAGGGGCGCAAAUUAUUCCGUUCUCGGGGGCAUUUGAGCUGAAAUUAGCUGAUAUGGAAACAGAUGACGAGCGCAAAAAGUACCAAGAAGACGAAAAAUGUACAAGUAUGUUGGAAAAAAUUAUCGUUUCCGGUUACAAGGCAUUGCAUUUAGAAUAUUUCUUCACAUGCGGCGAAGACGAAGUCAAAGCAUGGACCAUCCAGGAAGGAACAAAGGCUCCGCAAGCUGCCGGGCGCAUCCAUACCGACUUCGAAAAAGGCUUUAUCAUGGCUGAAGUCAUGCAUUAUGCGGAUUUCAAGGAGGAAGGAUCCGAAUCUGCUGUCAGAGCAGCCGGCAAGUACCGACAACAAGGCAGAAAUUACGUUGUGCAAGACGGCGAUAUUAUUUUCUUCAAAUUUAACGCUGGCGCUGGUUUAUCUGCUGGAAAAGAUGCCGGAAAGAAAAAGUAAAGCCAGAAAAAGUGUCGUCAUAACUUAUUGUUCACUUGAAAUAAAGGAUUUUUUUAAUUUGAAGAACAAAAA